GCGAAGGGAGUGCACUGAGGGAUUCCCCCUCACCCCUAAAAUUAUUGUAGGGUAGAAAGUCUCUUGACAAUCUGAAAUCAUUCUAUCUUCCUUCGCUCCAGAUUCUUGCACUUGUCUGUGCCGGGUGCCCUGAUUGGGAACGCCUUUCAAUUGAAUUGGACACCCCUUCGUAUAUGCAUACUUGCAGUUCAUCUAUUCCGAAGUCACCAAAACUACGUACAUCUCCAUGACGUCCUACGACCUAAAACAACUGACACCUCCCGGGUUAUAUGAAAUUGAGGAACGAUUAUCAUACCAGAAUGCGGAUGACACCCAUUUGACCCGCCUAGGAAAGCGUCCUGUUUUGAAGAGAAACUUUGGUCUGAUGUCAAUGUUGGGAUUUAGUUGCACCAUCCUGAUUACAUGGGAGUCUGUAACGACGCUAUUUCUCCAAAACUUCCAAAAUGGUGGUCCCGCUGGCAGUGUCUAUGGUUACAUUUUCGUCUGGUUCGGGAUCGCCGCGACAUUUGUAGUAAUAUCGGAACUUGUGUCAAUGGCACCAACAUCAGGAGGGCAGUACCAUUGGUGCUCAAUGCUCGCACCUCAGUCGGCGAUGAAAAUUUUCAGUUACAUCACAGGCUGGCUUACGGUCAUUGGCUGGCAGGCUACUUACGCGACCGUUUGUUACCUGGGUGGAAACUAUAUUGAGACGCUGGUGACGCUCACCAAUCCAUCAUACCAGCCUAAAAUAUGGCGUCAGGUGCUGAUCGGCUAUGCAAUUGCACUUUUUGGCUUUAUUAUCAACAUUGCUGGAGGAAAGGUAUUGCCACGAUUUGAAGGCGCAAUUCUAAUUCUCCAUAUUCUGGGCUUCUUUGCAAUUCUAAUUCCAAUGGUCUACAUGGCCAAUCACAACACAGCCGAGCAAGUCUUCACCCAAUUUCUAAACGAAGGCCAAUGGCCCUCUCAGGGUCUUUCUUUCUUUGUUGGCCUUAUUGGACCUGUCUUUGCUUUUGCAGGGGGCGAUGCCGCGGUACAUCUGUCCGAAGAAAUCACCAAUGCCACAAUUGCCGUGCCCUUGUCGUUGAUGCUCACGGUACUAAUUAAUGGCACACUCGGCUUCAGCAUGCUAAUCGCCUUGCUCUUUUGCGUCGAGGAUAUCAAGGGGGCCCUCGAGGCUCGAGUCCCCUUCCUGACUAUAUUCCACCAGGCAACCGGGUCUGUAGCGGGCACCGCUGCAGCAGGUUCCAUUAUCGUUGCCAUGGGCAGUUGUUCCUCGGCCGGUAUGCUGGCCUCGACAUCACGGCAGUUCUGGUCCUUUGCGCGUGACCGGGGCAUCCCUGGAUGGCGAAUAUGGACGGAGGUCACACCUCGUACCGCAAUUCCAGCAUACGCUGUCACCCUCACCACAAUCAUUACCUGUCUGCUGAGUCUCAUUGGUAUCGGCUCUGACCUGGCAUUCAAUGACUUGAUGUCCUUGUCCACCUCGGGCUUGUUCUCAUCAUACCUGGUUGCGGCCGGCCUUCUGCUCUGGCGACGCUGCACGGGUGGAAUCAGUGGGUCUAAGAGUGAGCAUACUCUAAUCAAUACAGCAGGAGCCCAGCUGGUGUGGGGUCCCUUUCAUGUUCCGGGGGUUUGGGGUAUCUUCAUUAAUACCUUUGCUGUGGUCUUUAUGGCUAUCGCAGUCUUCUUCAGUUUUUGGCCGCCCAUGAAUAAUGUAUCGGCCGAGUCAAUGAACUAUAGUGUAGUGGGGAUGGGAGGUGUGAUUCUGCUGAGUUUGUUAUAUUAUCUUGUCCGGGCUAGGAAGGUAUACAAGGGACCUGUAGUGGAACUUCCAAUCGGUUAAUAGAUGUAUUUGACAUGCCAAUGAGGAUAUCAUGCCUAAAGACAUUUGCCAGUACGGGUCCUAUUUCCGUAGAGAGGAGAAGAAAGGCGGAAUUGUGAACUUUCUUACGCCUUUCUGUUUACUUGGCUGGGGAAUCGUUCGCUCUCCUCAUUUAACUAAUCAAAGUGCAUUUGAUACGAUUUUAUAAACACCUUCAUCACUUUGUGAAUCACCUUCAACAAGGAAGGGUGAUAAAUAGGUGGAUGAUACUCUACAGUUACCAAUUGUUCUACAGCUAACUCUAUGAGAACUUCACUUGGG